AUGUCUUCAAUCGCUAUGCGGCGGUGCACAGCUGGUUCUUCGGUGCAGAUUUCGAGGGCGUUGAAGAGCCAGGCCAGGACCUUUUCUUCUACAAGAGCUGCAGGGCGAAUAAUAUCCACCUCGCCCCUCCGCGCGAAGGAAGCGUCUCCGUUUGUUAGCAAUAAAUACCCUGUUGUUGACCAUGAGUACGAUGCGCUUGUCGUCGGUGCUGGUGGAGCAGGUCUGCGGGCAGCUUUCGGUCUUGCCGAGGCUGGCUUCAACACUGCCUGUAUAUCCAAGCUCUUCCCAACUCGUAGUCAUACCGUAGCAGCCCAGGGAGGCAUCAAUGCCGCUCUUGGUAAUAUGCACGAAGACGAUUGGAGAUGGCACAUGUACGACACUGUUAAGGGCUCGGAUUGGCUAGGAGACCAGGAUGCCAUUCAUUACAUGACCCGCGAGGCACCUAAGUCUGUUAUCGAGCUGGAAAAUUACGGCUGCCCAUUUUCGAGAACAGAGGAUGGCAAGAUUUACCAACGGGCUUUCGGAGGCCAAUCGCAAAAGUUCGGAAAGGGUGGACAAGCCUACAGAUGCUGCGCUGCGGCGGAUAGAACCGGACACGCUCUCCUCCACACCCUUUAUGGCCAAUCCCUCCGAUAUAACACUAAUUACUUUAUCGAAUACUUUGCGCUUGAUUUGAUUAUGGAGGAUGGCGAGUGCAAGGGUGUUCUUGCCUACAAUCAGGAGGAUGGUACCUUGCACCGAUUCUUGGCAAAGAACACUGUUUUGGCGACCGGUGGCUAUGGACGAGCAUACUUCAGCUGUACAUCUGCGCACACUUGCACGGGUGACGGAAUGGCUAUGGUCGCUCGUGCUGGGCUUCCGAACCAAGAUCUCGAGUUCGUCCAAUUCCACCCAACUGGUAUCUAUGGAGCUGGCUGCUUGAUCACCGAGGGCGCUAGAGGAGAAGGUGGAUACCUGCUGAACUCCGAGGGCGAACGAUUCAUGGAACGCUAUGCCCCAACCGCAAAGGAUUUGGCCAGUCGUGACGUUGUCUCCCGAUCAAUGACAAUGGAGAUCCGUGAAGGUCGUGGUGUUGGUCCCGAUAAAGACCAUCUCUACCUGCAACUGAGUCACUUGCCAGCCGAGGUCCUCCACGAACGUCUCCCUGGUAUCUCUGAGACUGCAUCUAUCUUCUCUGGCGUGGAUGUCCGAAAACAGCCCAUUCCGGUCCUCCCAACUGUCCAUUAUAACAUGGGUGGUAUUCCAACGAAGUAUACUGGAGAAGUUCUCACUGUGGAUAACGAAGGAAAGGACCAAGUUGUACCAGGUCUUUUCGCAUGCGGCGAAGCCGCUUGUGUCUCUGUUCACGGUGCCAACAGAUUGGGGGCCAACUCCCUUCUUGAUUUGAUUGUUUUCGGCCGUGCAGUUUCUCACACCAUCCGCGACAACUUCACACCGGGUCAGAAACAAGAUCCAAUCAGCGCUGAUGCUGGCGCCCAAGGGAUCAGUGACCUCGACCAGGUCCGGACAGCAGAUGGGCCAAGGAGCACACAUGAUGUUCGCCUGGCUAUGCAAAAGACCAUGCAGACGGAUGUCAGCGUCUUCCGUACCCAGGAGAGUUUGGAUGAGGGUGUCCGAAAAAUCAAAGACGUGGACCAGACUUUCAAAGAUGUUGGAAUUAAGGACCGUAGCAUGAUCUGGAACUCCGACUUGGUCGAGACUUUGGAGUUGAGAAAUCUGCUGACCUGCGCUGUCCAAACUGCCGAGGCAGCAGCAGCGAGAAAGGAAUCUCGCGGCGCCCACGCACGAGAGGAUUACCCCGAGAGAGAUGAUAAGAACUGGAUGAAGCACAGCUUGACAUUCCAAAAGAAGCCUCAUGGAAGUGUUGAUCUGACAUACAGAGGUGUCGUCGCCCAUACACUGGACGAGAAUGAGUGCGCGGCCGUACCGCCCUUCAAGCGUGUCUACUAG